AUGUUCGCCGACCGCUGGCUAUUCUCCACGAACCACAAAGAUAUUGGAACGCUAUACCUGUUGUUCGGCGCAUGAGCUGGUGUCCUAGGCACUGCCCUAAGCCUCCUCAUUCGUGCUGAACUAGGCCAACCCGGCAACCUCCUAGGUAAUGACCAUAUUUACAAUGUCAUCGUCACAGCCCAUGCAUUCGUAAUAAUUUUUUUCAUGGUCAUGCCCAUAAUAAUUGGAGGCUUUGGCAACUGACUAGUGCCCCUGAUAAUUGGCGCCCCUGAUAUGGCAUUCCCGCGCAUAAAUAACAUAAGCUUCUGACUCCUCCUCCCCUCCUUCCUCCUAUUACUCGCUUCUGCUACAGUAGAGGCCGGAGCAGGAACGGGCUGAACAGUCUAUCCACCCCUAGCAGGAAACUACUCUCACCCAGGAGCCUCUGUAGACUUGACAAUCUUCUCUCUACACCUAGCAGGCAUUUCCUCAAUUCUAGGGGCUAUCAAUUUCAUUACAACAAUUAUUAAUAUAAAACCCCCUGCAAUAUCCCAAUAUCAAACUCCCCUCUUCGUCUGAUCAAUCCUGAUCACAGCAGUCCUACUUCUCCUCUCCCUCCCAGUCCUAGCCGCUGGCAUCACCAUACUACUAACAGACCGCAACUUAAAUACUACAUUCUUUGACCCGGCUGGAGGUGGGGAUCCUAUCCUAUACCAACACUUAUUCUGAUUUUUCGGCCACCCUGAAGUCUACAUUCUCAUCCUACCAGGUUUCGGCAUAAUCUCCCACAUCGUAACACACUACUCCGGAAAAAAAGAACCAUUUGGGUAUAUAGGCAUAGUCUGAGCCAUAGUCUCAAUUGGUUUCCUGGGUUUUAUCGUAUGAGCCCACCACAUAUUCACAGUAGGGAUAGACGUGGACACACGAGCCUACUUCACCUCCGCUACCAUAAUUAUUGCCAUCCCCACCGGCGUCAAAGUAUUUAGCUGACUCGCUACACUCCACGGAAGCAACACUAAAUGAUCUGCCGCAAUCCUCUGAGCCUUAGGAUUCAUUUUCCUCUUCACCGUAGGCGGCUUAACAGGCAUCGUACUGGCAAACUCAUCACUAGACAUCGUAUUACACGAUACAUACUACGUUGUAGCCCACUUUCACUACGUCUUAUCAAUAGGAGCUGUAUUCGCCAUCAUAGGAGGCUUCAUCCACUGGUUCCCACUAUUCUCAGGCUACACCUUAAACCAGACCUAUGCUAAAAUUCACUUCAUCACCAUAUUUGUCGGCGUAAAUUUAACCUUCUUCCCGCAACAUUUCCUUGGCCUAUCAGGUAUACCCCGACGCUACUCCGAUUACCCCGACGCAUAUACCACAUGAAAUAUUUUAUCAUCCGCAGGCUCAUUUAUCUCCCUAACAGCAGUUAUACUAAUAAUUUUCAUAAUUUGAGAAGCCUUUGCCUCAAAACGAAAAGUCCCAAUAAUUGAACAACCUUCCACAAGCCUAGAGUGGUUAUACGGAUGCCCCCCACCCUACCAUACGUUUGAAGAACCCGUCUAUAUAAAACCCG